UAUUGCAGUUUGACUAAGACUUUAAAAGACUUGAAAGAGAAAUAUGAUCAAUUACAUGGAAAACUGAAAAGGAAACAAGAUGAGAUAAAGAAGAAAGAUCAGUGGUGGGACAAGUACAGAUUUACUGCUGAGACAAUGAUUAAUAGUUUCCUCGUUUUCUACAUAAGACACACUCAUGGCUCAGAGUUUACUUAGGACAAUAUGAACAGACACCAAUGUUAAAUAACAUUUCACUCAUGAACGUUGAAUAACAAGUAAAGCUGAAGAUGGAUAUGUUCAAGAAGACUACUUUUGUAAGGUUUUGCUGUGCGUCCGCCUCCAUGUUGCCAGAGGAACUUGCACUGUCAACUGAACAGCUGAUUUGUCUGUACAAAGAAUGCAUAGAGAUGGCUAAACACUGUAAUCAUAUAAAUACCAUGAUAUAUUCAUGCUUUCUGUUCGUAAAGUAUAGCUACAGCUUAGGUAGAAAUGCUGAUUCACUGAGGUAUCUGAAGGAAAUACUACAGUCAGCUGUAGCAAUACCACAUUAUGAGUUAAUAGGUCAUACAUGUUUGUCCUUCAUAUGUAGGGAGCUGAACGAGUUUGAAAACGUUGUCUUGCACGCCAAGAAAUGGAUCGAAAUUUUUCAAAGUAUAGGCGAUAAAAAAAGCGAAAUGUAUGGACAUUUUGAAAUGGGAAAUGCAUUUUCAUUCUUAGCUCGUUAUGAUGAUGCUAUUGACUGCUUCAAAAAAUGUCUUAAAAUUGCCCAGGAAAUUGAUAGUGCUGACGUCGAGAUGAAAGCAUAUGUCUGCAUAAUGGUCGCAUAUAAACACAUGCAGAAAUAUGAUGACAUUAUUCUGUAUGCGCACAAGCUCCUUGAUUGCGCCAUGAAAAACAACAAUCAGGAGGCUAUGAUGAAAGCGUACUUAAGGCUGGGAGAUGGGUUUUCAUCCUUAGCUCGUUAUGAUGAUGCUAUUGACUGUGGCAAAAAAUGUCUUAAAAUUGCCCAGGAAAUUGAUAGUGCUGAAGACAUGAUAAUGGCAUAUAACUGCAUAGUAGUCGCAUAUAAAUACAUGCAGAAAUAUGAUGACAUUAUUCUGUAUGCGCACAAGUUCCUUGAUUGCGCCAUGAAAAAUAAAAAUCAGGAGAUUAUGAUGAAAGUGUACUUAAGGCUGGGAGAUGGGUUUUCAUCCUUAGCUCGUUAUGAUGAUGCUAUUGACUGCUUCAAAAAAUGUCUUAAAAUUGCCCAGGAAAUUGAUAGUGCUGACGUCGAGAUGAAAGCAUAUGUCUGCAUAAUGGUCGCAUAUAAACACAUGCAGAAAUAUGAUGACAUUAUUCUGUAUGCGCACAAGCUCCUUGAUUGCGCCAUGAAAAACAACAAUCAGGAGGCUAUGAUGAAAGCGUACUUAAGGCUGGGAGAUGGGUUUUCAUCCUUAGCUCGUUAUGAUGAUGCUAUUGACUGUGGCAAAAAAUGUCUUAAAAUUGCCCAGGAAAUUGAUAGUGCUGAAGACAUGAUAAUGGCAUAUAACUGCAUAGUAGUCGCAUAUAAAUACAUGCAGAAAUAUGAUGACAUUAUUCUGUAUGCGCACAAGUUCCUUGAUUGCGCCAUGAAAAAUAAAAAUCAGGAGAUUAUGAUGAAAGUGUACUUAGAGCUUGGAAGAUCACAUCGUGCAUUGAACCACUAUCAAGAGGCCAUUGACUUUUUACAGAAAUGCAUUGAAAUAGCAAGGGAGAUAGAAGACAGACGCAUUGAAGUCAGGGCUUACCUAUUAAUGGGGCAGAUAUAUAACGCUCUUUCCGACUACGACAAUGGAAUUAUCUAUUGCAAGAAGUGUAUUGAGCUAGCAAUAACUAUUGGCGAUAAAGAUGCGGAGGCUGAUGCUUAUAGCGAACUUGGAGAGAUAUAUUAUUCCUUGGAGAAAUACGAUGAUGCCAUUUCCAACUGCAACAAGUGUGUUCACAUUGACAAGGAAGAUAAUGAAGAAAAACGUGCUCACUUUAUUGCGUAUCUGACUUUGGGAAACGUUUACCGGUCUUUGGAGAAAUACGAUGAAGCCAUUCAGAAUUACAAGCAAUGUAUAGACAUGAGGAGAGCGGAUAUAGCAACGUAUCUGUGUCUAGGAGAGACAUAUGCUGUACUGGAACAGGACAAUGAUGCAGCACGAUACAUUAAGAAAUACAUCGACAUGGCACAGGAAACUGGUAUGAAAAUAUUUGAAGCACAAGCAUGUUUACUUCUUUCGUCUGUAUACCAAAAAUCAGAUGAUAAGGAAAGCAUCGAUAAUGUCAUCCAAUACGGUAAGAAAGGCGUGGACAUCUCUCAAGAAACUGGCGACAAAAAAACUGAGAUGGAAGGACAUGUUAUUCUCGCUCAAACAUAUAAUGACUUGUUCCAGUUGAAUGAAGCGUCUCAGAGUAUAGAUGCAGGCAUGGCGAUUGCUACAGAGCUCGGAGACAAAGAAGCUGAGGAAAAAUUAAAAGAAAUUCGUUCUAGUCUUUAUUUGAGAGUUGGUUUGCAUGAGAAGGUACAUGCACCCAUGGUACCAACAUGUUCUGAAGAUGAGCUUCUACAGGAUCUUGACCAAGCGGUGAAGACAGGCGAGAAACCAAAGAAAGAUAGAGCUUUAUUGAGGCUUUACAAGUUUUAUUCUUCCAAAAAAGAUUAUCAAAAAGCAAUAAAUUGCCUUGAGCAGAUAAAGGAGAAGGACAUGAAACCUUCUGUGAACUUGUUCUGUUUCACAGAAAUCGGAAACGCCUAUCAUUUGAUGGAUCAGAAUGACAUGGCUUUAUGCAGUUUCAGACAAGGGCUACCUACUGCUGAAUCCUGCUCUGAUACUCAUGGAGCUCAAUUCUAUUGUAGCUUUGGUCAAUUAUUGUAUUCAUUAAACAGAGAACCGAACUUGGCAGAACAUUAUCUAAGAGAAGCUAUACGAUGCUUUGAAGCGAUCUUUACCACACUUGGUAGUCGUGAUGAAUUCAAGAUCUCAAUUUUUGACGAAUAUAUUCAUAGUUAUAAGCUGUUGGCAAUAUUGUUAAUCAAUGACGAACAGAUCGAGGAAGCGCUUUUAGUGUUAGAUCGUUGUCGUGCAAGAGCAUUGAAAGAUCUUAUGAUGUCAAACUUCAAGAUGGAACAAGAGAUGAGCAAUGAUGAACACCUAGAGCACAGCGAUGUUUUGUCUCUGGUCUCAAGAAAUCACUUCAGCAUUGUCUUUUACUCGCUUUGUUUUGAUGCUUUUCUGAAGUUUUUUAUUGACAGGGAGACAAAUUUGCGUYAUUCAAGUUUUCCUAAUCAUUCGCUACAGAAAUACGUCGAUCAGUUGUUUGACGAUAUGGGUGUUGGUGAGGUAGUUGACUGUGAGAACAGGUCCUUGGACAAAGAAGAAGAUAUUCAAAAAGAACAAAGAAGAAGCAAAGAAGAAUACGAGGGACUUAAUCAACCAACGGCAUCACUGCUGAACCUUGAUUCUAACACAGGAGAAUCUAAUGAGAAUAGUGCUGAAACCAAGGGAUCUACUCUAGAAGAUCUAUUUGAUAUCUUAGAAUGUGAUAAAAUACUAUUGUCGAAGCAAGACGAGGUUGUUAUUAUUCCCGAUGGUCCCUUAUUCAAAGUGCCUUUUCCCGCCUUACGAGAUCCUCGUACAGGAAAGUAUUUAUCAGAGACAAAGCGCAUUAGACUUGCUCCUUCAUUAGCGACUUUAAAGGCGUUGCAAGAUUGCACAGAAGAUUAUUAUUCCAAGAAAGGCGCCUUAAUCGUUGGAAAUCCUCUUGUUGGUAAAGUCAUGUUCGAUGGGGAAGAGAAAGAGUUUGAUCCUUUGGAUAAUGCGUUUGCUGAAGUGAUCGCGGUAGGCAAUGUAUUCAAUGCGACGCCUUUGACAGGAGAGAAGGCUACGAAACAAGCUGUUAUCCAGAGACUCAAAGAAGGAGUAUCUGUCGUACAUAUUGCUGCACACGGCAGUCUCACUAAAGGUACGAUAGCACUUGCACCUUCUCCUGAGGUAAGAACAACAAAGACCCCAGAUGAAGAAGAUUACAUGCUGACCGUGGCUGAUGUACAGCAGGCUCAAGUACGUGCACAGUUAGUUGUGUUAAGCUGCUGUCACAGUGGACGUGGUGAAAUCAGAGCUGAAGGAGUAGUUAGCAUGUGUCGAGCCUUUCUAGCGUCAGGUGCUCGUGCA